GCCAGAGUAGCGCGCGCGCGCACGCACACACUCGGGGAGGGGAGAAAGUUUUUUUUUGAAAAAUGAAAGGCUAGACUUGCUGCUCCGCGACCCGGGCGCUGCGCGAGGGGGUCGUGGCAGACUCGGGGCAGUAGGACGUCCACCGGCUCGGCGCCCGCGUGGGAUGCUGCAGCGCUGGUCGCGGGGCCCCUGAAGCAGCUGCACGCCAGGCCGGCGACAAUGGCAGAGCGCCCGGCGCGGCGCGCGCCCCCCGCCCGCGCCCUCCUGCUGGCCCUGGCUGGGGCCCUGCUGGCGCCCCGUGCAGCCCGAGGAGUGAGUUUGUGGGACCAGAGAGGAGCUUAUGAAGUGGCCAAAGCCUCCCUUCUGACAAAGGACCCUGGGAGCCCAGGACAGAGCAUCCCAGCCAAGGAUCACCCAGAUGUGCUGACUGUGCAGCUGCAGCUGGAGAGCCGAGAACUGAUCCUCAGCUUGGAGAGGAAUGAGGGACUCAUUGCCAAUGGCUUCACAGAGACCCAUUAUCUGCAAGAUGGUAGUGAUGUCUCCUUCACUCGAAAUUACACGGACCAUUGUUACUACCAUGGACAUGUGCAAGGUGAUGCUGCAUCAGUGGUCAGCCUCAGUACUUGCUCUGGUCUCAGGGGACUAAUCGUGUUUGAAAAUAAAACCUACAUCUUAGAACCGAUGAAAAACACCACUGACAGAUACAAACUCGUCCCGGCUGAGAACAUGAAGAACAUCCAAGGGCUGUGUGGGUCACAUCAUAACAAGUCCAGCCUCACCAUGGAGGAUGUCUUCCCUGAACCCUCUCAGAUGUGGGGAAGAAGGCAUAAAAGAGAGACCCUUAAGAUGACCAAGUAUGUAGAACUGGUUAUUGUGGCAGACAACAGAGAGUUUCAGAGGCAAGGAAAAGAUCUGGAGAAAGUGAAGCAGCGGUUAAUAGAGAUCGCCAAUCACGUGGACAAGUUUUACAGACCACUGAACAUCCGUAUUGUCCUGGUGGGAGUAGAAGUGUGGAAUGACAUUGACAAAUGCUCUAUAAGCCAGGACCCAUUCACCAGCCUCCAUGAGUUUCUAGACUGGAGAAAGUUAAAGCUUCUACCUCGCAAAUCCCACGACAACGCUCAGCUUAUCAGUGGGGUUUAUUUCCAAGGAACCACGAUUGGCAUGGCACCCAUCAUGAGCAUGUGCACUGCAGAACAGUCCGGAGGAGUGGUCAUGGACCAUUCAGACAGCCCCCUUGGUGCCGCAGUGACCUUGGCACAUGAGCUGGGCCACAACUUCGGGAUGAAUCACGACACACUGGAAAGGGGCUGCAGCUGCAGGAUGGCUGCGGAGAAAGGAGGCUGCAUCAUGAACCCUUCCACAGGGUUCCCGUUCCCCAUGGUGUUCAGCAGCUGCAGCAGGAAGGACCUGGAGGCUAGCCUGGAGAAGGGGAUGGGGAUGUGCCUCUUCAACCUACCAGAGGUCAAGCAGGCCUUUGGGGGCCGGAAGUGUGGAAAUGGCUAUGUGGAAGACGGAGAAGAGUGUGACUGCGGGGAGCCAGAGGAGUGUACCAAUCGCUGCUGCAACGCCACGACCUGUACUCUGAAGCCAGAUGCUGUGUGUGCGCAUGGGCAGUGCUGCGAAGACUGUCAGCUGAAGCCUCCAGGAACUGCAUGCAGGGGCUCCAGCAACUCCUGCGACCUCCCAGAAUUCUGCACAGGGACCGCCCCUCACUGCCCAGCCAAUGUGUACCUACAUGAUGGGCACCCGUGUCAGGGAGUGGAUGGUUACUGCUACAAUGGCAUCUGCCAGACCCAUGAGCAGCAGUGCGUCACACUCUGGGGACCAGGUGCUAAACCGGCUCCUGGCAUCUGCUUUGAGAGAGUCAACUCUGCAGGAGAUCCUUACGGCAACUGUGGCAAAGACUCCAAGAGCUCCUUCGUCAAGUGUGAACUGAGAGAUGCCAAGUGUGGAAAAAUCCAGUGUCAAGGUGGUGCCAGCCGACCCGUCAUUGGUACCAAUGCUGUUUCCAUAGAAACAAAUAUCCCGCAGCAGGAAGGAGGCCGGAUUCUGUGCCGGGGGACCCAUGUGUACUUGGGUGACGACAUGCCGGACCCAGGGCUUGUGCUUGCAGGAACCAAGUGUGCAGAGGGAAAAAUCUGCCUCAAUCGUCAAUGUCAGAAUAUCAGUGUCUUCGGCGUUCAUAAGUGUGCAAUGCAGUGCCACGGCCGAGGGGUAUGUAAUAACAGGAAGAACUGCCAUUGUGAAGCCCACUGGGCUCCUCCCUUCUGUGACAAGUUUGGCUUUGGAGGAAGCACAGACAGUGGUCCCAUCCGGCAAGCAGAUAACCAGGGCUUGACUGUAGGGAUCCUGGUUAGUGUCCUGUGUCUGCUCGCUGCUGGAUUUGUGGUAUAUCUCAAAAGGAAGACGUUGAUGCGGCUGCUGUUCACACAUAAGAAAAACACUAUGGAAAAACUAAGGUGUGUACACACUUCCCGGACACCCAGUGGCCCUCGCCCUGGCCAGGCUCACCACAUCCUCGGGAAAGGCCCACUGAUGAGCCGGCCCCCACAUUUCAACACCACCAAGGACAGGCACUCACUGAAAUGCCAGAAUAUCGACAUCAGCAGGCCCCUCAAUGCUCGAGUGGUCCCUCAGCCUCAGUCCCCUCAGCGAGUGCUCCUGCCUCUCCACCAGGCCCCACGUGCACCCAGUGGCCCUGCCAGGCCCCUGCCCGCCAAUCCUGCAGUCAGGCAGGCCCAGGGCACCCACAAGCCCAGCCCUCCUCAGAAGCCUCUGCCUGCUGAUCCAUUGAGCAGGACUUCUCGGCUCACUGGUGCCUUGGUGAGGACCCCAGGGCAGCAGGAAUCUGGGCAUCGCCCAGCCCCCAUCAGACCUGCCCCUAAGCAUCAAGUACCUAGACUCUCCCACAAUGCCUACAUCAAGUGAGAAGCCAGCCCAGACCGGUCCUCAGCAGUGAAGACAGAAGUUUGCACUAUCUUCGACUCCAUCGGAGUUGUUUUGUACCAACUUUCAGAAUUUCUAAAGUGUUUAAAACACCAUUAUUUCCAGAACUUGGAGCUCCUGCCAUCCGUCGGUGCUGUGCCGUGGUGCUUUGUGUACUUGCUCAGGUCCUUGUAAGUUAUUAAUUUAUGCAGAGUGUCUAUUACCGCGCAGGGCGCCGUAGCAGGCAUUUGUGCCAUCACGGGGCUUUUCUACAGAAGGAAGGCACCUCGUGCUUUUGUUUUUCUGGAGGACUUGAAAUAUCCUGCUUGAUGGGACCCAAGAUGAGAUGUUUACUUUCUGUUUGAGACCUUAUUGGAAAACAGCUCCCCCACGUCCCAAGGCUGUGUUAUGGUACCAGACACACAGCUCAGGACACCCCAGGUGGAACCUGGAAUGGCUUUUAUUUUAUUUUUUAUUCUUUGGAAUCCCUGUCUUGGGUUGUAGCCAGGGGCUUCAGGAAGGUCUCAGCGUGCCUUCAGGCCUGUACCCUGAAGUUCUAGACAACAGGUAGGCUCUGGUUUCUAACCAGCAGCUUUGAAGAGAACCUGGGGUACUGAAAAGAAGGUUUGAGGCCACACCAGGAUAGAGACUGGAACCCUAAUCUGGACAAACAUUUGACCUUGACCUGAGCAGCCACGAGCACCUCUGGAGAGCAAGGACGGCUGUGGUGCUGCGGGGGCUUUGCUUUGGGAGCUGCCGGGAGCGUCUCUCUGGCUGCCCUGUGCACAGUGCUCGCUGGCGUGGGCACGUUGUUUACAUUGGGAACAGUGGUAUUUCUACAAGGAAGCCACUGCCUGGGCACUGCAGACCUCUGUCUCCUGCCCAUUUAGAGUUAAGCAAAUUACCACAUUGUCUUCUUGACUGUAAUACAAUGACCCUGUGUUCUGACAGAUAGAGGAGGCUUUCUAAGGGACCAUAACCAUUUUCAGAUGUGAACUGGUAACCAGAUCUAGUCGAUCAACUCUGGAGAUAGAAAUCUCCUUUUUUACUGCAAGGCUCAACUUAUUAAAAAUUAGGCAGAAUCCAUAUGCUUGCAAAAGCUAUAACCACAUGGAAUGCUAUUCUCAUGGUACAGUCUAAGUCUGGUAUCCGUAUUAGUAGCCACUGGACAAAGAACCCAAAGUUACCCAUGUGUUCUCUUCAGGGCAUCCUAAUUUCUUCAGCAUAGGCACUCAGUCUUUCUCUCACUCUGAACAAACCUGUUAACCCAUUCUAAGAUGGCGAGGCAAUCCACUCCCUAAUACUGACUUUGCUCCUGAAAGGCAAACUUGGUCAAGCAACUCUUUACCUUUAUUCUGUCAAUGUCUGACUGGGAAGCUACCUUUAGAAGCAGAUCUUCAAGAUGCCUCAACCCAUUGGCAUGAAAGAUAUAAUUUUUAAAAGUUAUGUAAGGCAAAAUGCCAGAGGCCUUCCCUGCCUCCAGAUGGGUGGAUGCCUAGCUCUCACAUUAAAAGGUAACUGACAGCAGUUCUGUACCUCAUCUGACUGCUCUAAGACCAAGGCUUCUUUGGAAGGGUCACAUUAGUGGCUGGUCUGUGCCUUGAAGCAGAAGGAAAAUGCAGACAUAGAAUCUGGUUCACUUUCUAGAAUCUGAGUCUGUAUUCAGUGUUGGGAAGCAUGGUCUUCAUGACAGAGUAAAUAAAUCCACAUCACUGAUGCAUAAAAGAACAGCUCUUAGAACAUGCUUCUUUUCCUGGCACAGAAACAAUGUUGCUGCCACUGAAAUGCAUACAGAAUUUUUUAACUGAUAUGGCAUUGGGUAGUUGUAUUAAGGCCAAACAUACGCAACUGUAAAGCCUUACAGAGUUGUGUGAGCAUUGUCUUUGGAGACACGCAAAGCCUUAGCUGGAGUAUGUGAGCCCCUCCUCAGGGUGGGAGUGAAGGGGAAGCUAAGAACAUAUAUUUCUUCUGUCAUACAGAUGACAGAAGAACUUUGGUUUUAGCGGACCAGAGAGAGUUUAGUUUAAAGGAAGUUGGAGCCAUGAUCUUCUGCCAUUUCCCGAGUGGCCACUAAGGAUGCUGAUGGUACCUUGCCAGCUGUGCAUUGCCUACUUGCUUGCUUUUACAGAGCCAUGCAUACAUUUCUGAAUAAGGACAGAUUUAAUCCUGAUAUUCCCUUACCGGACAGACAGUGUUACUAAAGGAAUACCUCUAAGGUAUAGUAGUUAUCAAUUAAAGCAUAUUUAGCAGUAACUUCAAUUUUAACAAAAUUGGGAACCAGUAACUAGUGUUGGGCUCUUUUGAUACAGGGCAGGUUCUCUCUCCCUUUCUCCAUCCUUCAAAUGACAGAAACCAAAGUGAAUACAGUCCAAUUGCAGUCUAUCUUAUGCUUAUACACACUAGAGGUAUGAUUAGCAGUGGUUGAGUCUUGGGAGACCAGCCCUGAAAAAAUCCAGUAGGUCAAGAGCCUAGACAUGGGGUGUGGCUGGAUGUUCUCCUUUCCUUCCUACAUUGAGGAAUAGUUAUAGGUUAUGUGACCCCACUUCACAGGCAAGUGGGAGGCAAACCUUGCAGGCAUUCCACUUAAAAGCUGGUCUCCUACCAUAGUCCCAAGUCUGUUUUCCCAGCAGCACAUGGAAAGCAACAGUACAGUUUUCCAUUUCAAAAUAUGCAUGCCGAGUUUGCACUCUGUGUGAGUGUUUCCAGGUUACACAUGUGGGAUGACAUCACAGAAACCACACAAGCAACAAAUUAAAUUCUACGGGAAGAAAUACUCCUGACUGGUCUCUGAGGAGACAUUUUUAUGCCUUCUUAACUUUAUUAGGAAUUCUCAGGCUGAAGCUAUGGGUCAUUGUUCUCCAACAAAUCAAUACAAGCCAUCAAUGCACUAAGAACUGCCAAACCCUGAUCUGUGUGAAUGUUCUUAGGAGCCUGUGAUCCCCAUGGUGCUACAAAGAGGCUGGAGCUGGGCCAAUGAGAAGGCCUAAGAAUCCUCCUGCCUUCAGCAGAUGUUUACUGAGCACUCUGAGCCAGCAACACCACACCAGUAACUGGGAGGACAGCAGCUGGGCAGUAGGGUGCCCAGCCACUUGAAUCUCUUUUCCUCUGAGGCAUGUUUUAAUCCUCUUAUAUCAGACCCCAGCCAGGGGACACUUUGUCUACAGAUCCUCCCCCACAGUUUUCAGAUGGCCUAAGCCAUACACAAAUGACUCAGACUAAGAAACAUCAAUACUCCCAGAAGCCCCAAGAGCUGAUUUUUGAGCAGUAUGACAAGUGGAAGAGGAUAUUACAGAGGCCAUUUUUUUCUCCUCCUCCCGCUCAUACUAGAAGCUAGCCCUCCACUCCUAGCUCCUCCACACAAGUUGGCAGUGGUUCCAUUACACCAAUGGCACAGGAAAACACAGGUACCGGUUUGCCUUCCUCCCUUGCCAAUCACAAGUGCCUUACUCUGACCAGACCCUAUGCCGAAACCUCUCUCGUCCAAGAGAACCAAAUCUCUACAUUUGUUACUACUUCAAGUCAAUGUGGUAACUGCUACUCUUCAAGAUUCACCUAAACAGUACAGUCCAACCUUCUCCAGGGCCACAGCACAGAGCAACCUCUAGCACACACCAGCCUUGAAUCUGUUCCACAGCAUAUCAACCACAGUAACCUCCCUCCCUCCCACUGCCUCGCUCUAAUUACAAGGUGAAGUUGGCCAUAAAAAAAAAUCAAGUUAGCACUGAUUACAAAAUGCUUUUGAUGCAACCUGAAUUCCCCAGUGCUUUUAAACUCUGACGAUGCUCUGGGAUCUGUGAGCCCCAUGCUCAGAGCCACUGGGCAGUUGGAGAACCCUUGCAGGAGACAUCUGCACACACAUGAAUGUACCGUUUCCAUGCCUUUUGUGGAGAACAUACACACAUACAUGCAUACUUUCAUUCACACACAUACACACAUAUACACACUUACAUUAGUAAUAGUUUAUUAUCAAACCACGGCAAGCUCUUCUCAUAUAAGACACACUGGGAUAAGAGAGUGUUGAGUGUGGAGUUGUUAGGACCCUCAGUAGUGGACAGAGAUUGCCAGGAGGCCUAACACUCAGGAGUCAUCUUCAACUGGGAAAUGACUUGCCCCCUGCAAGUUGAAAGCCCCACCACUUGCCUACCUUUCUACACCUUCAAAGAGCAUGUUCUGUGAUACCUGUAAUUCUCCAAGAAAGUAACAUUUUAGCCCUUAAUUUAGCACAUUUAAAUAAAGACAGAGUCGAUGUCAGGUAACUUCUUCACAAACAAAUCAGAUGCUGGUUUGCGUUCGCUGGCCUGUGUGUUGGUACUUCCUAAAGCAGUGAUCAGAAAGCACACAAAUCUCCUGAGAGACUAGAAACAGAAUGAGCAGCCCUCCCAUCAGGGCAACGUGGUAGUGGUUGGGAUAGCCAGUCAUCUGAAUGUUUGUGGUAACAAACAACACAACCUGAACUGGCCACAGGCUGCUUAGCUCCGUUCUCAUUAAUGUUAACAUCUCAGUUAACCGGCACAGCCAUUCUGCAGGGCUUUGUCCAUUGAUAGCGCUUUGGUUAGCUCAUGUUUUCACAUUUGUAUGUUACAUGCUGUUAUUUUUGUAUGCAUUUCUCAUAUGGAGGGAUCUACAGGUAAACACAGCCUCCUAGUUCAGUAGAAAAUGACAUUGUUAAGAGUAUUAUAUCCAAUAAAGAGUAAACAGAAAAA